AUGGCGGUAUCUUUCGAAAGCAAUCCUCGUUUUCUCAUCGAUAUUCCUCAUCAGUAUUCUCAACAAAUCAUCGAAUCGAUUCAAGAUUAUGAACAAGAGCAACUUGUCUCUCUCGAACAAGCUUGUCAACCACUUGAAACUCUACUUGGUGCAGAACUUUCACUGUACGUCACUGUUGCCAAAUUGAAUUGUCAACAACCUAAACAUGAACUCUCGCAAGAUGAAGCUGCAUCGGUCUAUUUAUACACAAUGGAAUGGGAUCAACCACAAAAUAGUCUUCAUAUUCUUCUCAAUCAAGCACUUUGCCAUUCGAACGAAAAUCAACUUCACCCGUGGCUGAAAUAUCUCAAAUUAUUAUUCACGGCCCUCUUCAAAGUACCAUAUGGUGAAUGUCAUCGAGUAUGGCGUGGUAUUUCGAAAGAUGUUCGUGAAGAUUAUCGCGAAGGAGAUGAAAUGUCAUGGUGGACAUUGACUUCGGUAACAUCUUCACUCGAUGUUCUUCAAUCACCGAUGUAUUUGGGUCGAGAAAAAAUACAAACGAUAUUCGAAAUUGAAACGAAAUAUGGUAAACCUAUUCGAGAAUAUUCACAUCUGCAAAAUGAUGACGAAAUUCUUCUUUUACCUGGAAUUAACCUAAAAGUGAUCGGAUCAUCGAAACAUUCCGAUGGAUUUCACAUUAUUCAUUUGCGUGAGAUUAACUCGUUCGUUGAUUUACUACUCACUGAAUAUCACAAUCCAAAACUCGAAGAAAUCAUCCAAUCAACCGAAGAACAUGGUACACUAUCCUUAGAUUCGAUGAAUUUGAAUGAUCAAGACAUGGGAAUCAUUGUGAAAUUAGGCGUUCGUGACAAGCGAUGUAUUGUAAUCAGUCUUUGUAACAAUGCAAUCACAUCUGUCGGUGCUUCAAUCUUAUCUCAGAUGUUUACGUACCGUAAUUAUUUCAGGACAUUGAUUCUUGAUGGAAAUCAAAUUUUAGACAAAGGUGUUGAAGCGAUUGCAAAGAACGCAUCAGGUGACAGGAUUGCUGUUCGGGUUCUCAAAUUAAAUUCUGUUGGAAUGACCGAUGUCGGUUGUCAAUAUUUAGCUAAAAUGGUUCGAGUGAAUCAUUCCAUCUACCAUAUCUAUCUGAACGAUAAUCAGAUUGGUAAUCGAGGACUUCGAGUAUUACUUGCGACAAUUGAAUCUUGUGAUGUACCUGAUUUUAUUUCGGCUUUCGGACUGACAGUUUGCUCUUCAACUAAAUUGAGUGAUCAACUCUAUGAAGUUGUUGUUUCUACGCCUGAAGUUCUGGAUAAUCAAACGAUUCGAAUUCUUCUUCCAAAUGAUUAUUUCACCAGUGGUAAUACCCGUCGUUACCCGGUUCUUUAUCUACUACAUGGAGCGACCGGCAGUGCAGCUGAUUAG